CUAGGCGAUCUCCUCAGACGUUACAGACCACCUUCUAACGUCAGCAAAGGGUGGGAUUCUUCACUAAAACACUGCUGAUGCAUCUGCUCCAGCACAGUUGGCGGAGACAGCUGUGAGCUGAGUCUGCACGAGACGACGGUAAAGUAGAAAACAGGAUGAGGAAGGUAGUCGUGCUGUUUGGUUUAUGGAGUCUUCUGUCCCUCUCACAUGCUCAGUUGAGAGAUACAGCAGAGGCUGAAGGUGAGGAAGAGGUGGUUGAACUUUUUACUACCCCACGCACCAAGUUGGCUGCCGCAACCUCUGAUUUUGGCUUCAACCUGUUCCGUCAGCUGGCAGCACGUGAUCCCAAGGCCAGCGUCUUUCUGUCCCCCAUGAGUAUCUCAGCCGCUUUUACACAGCUUUCAAUGGGGGCAUCUGAACGUGCUGAGAAACAGAUUUACAGGGCCCUCCGCUACCACACCCUGCAAGACAGUCAGCUCCAUGACACGCUGAGAGACCUUCUAUCCUCACUCAGAUCAUCUGCCAAGGGCUUCAAGUCAGCAGAUCGCAUUCUUUUGGCUAAGAAACUUCGUCUCAGGCUGGAAUACAUCAACAGUGUAGAGAAGCAAUAUGGGGUACGCCCUCAAACUUUUGUGGCUGGAGCUCGGGACCUUAAGGCUGUUAAUGAUUGGUUUAAACAGCAAACUGGUGGAAAAGUGGAACAAGUUGUUCCUUCACUUUCUCGUAACACAGCUGUGUUGCCUGUGGGAGCAGCCUUCUUAAAAGGUAAAUGGAUAACUAGGUUCAGCAAAGCUAAUAAGAUGGAGAAGUUCCAGAGGGAUGGAGAAGCCCCAGCUCUUAUUCCCAUGAUGGAGCAGGAGAAUUACCCAGUGAAGAUGGGUAUUGACCCUGAACUUGGUUGCACGAUAGCCCAGGUUCCUAUGGAGGACGGAAUAAGCAUGUAUUUCUUCUUACCUGAUGAGGUGACACAGAAUCUAACUCUAAUAGAGGAAGCACUUACAGCUGAAUUUGUCCAGGACCUUUCCAAUACCCUCCAUGCAGUACAGGUGCUGCUUACACUUCCUGUUAUCAGGCUCAGUUACAGCACAGACCUGCUGCCCUCCCUCUCUGACCUGGGCCUGUCUGAAUGGUUGGCAGAGACAGACCUUGUCAAAAUUACCAAUCAGCCAGUCAAGUUAAAUGCUGUCCAUCAUAAGGUUGUCAUGGAAACAGCUCCAGAGGGCACAGAUGCCAGCCACCCCCACUGUCAGCCAGUCGCGCUCUAA